AUGGAUCAUUCUAUGCAUAUGGCCAUGGAUCACGGCGAUAUGGGCCAUGGUGGUAUGGACCACGGUGAUAUGGACAUGGGAGGGCAGUGCAGUAUGAAUAUGCUUUUCAACUGGUCCUCUAAGAACCUGUGUAUUAUCUUCCGCAGCUGGCGAAUCACCGGUCCAAUCUCCUUCUUAUUCUCCCUUGUGGCUAUUGUGAUCCUUACUGCAGGCUACGAGGGAGUACGGUCAGUGACUCGGAAGUACGAGGCUGCCCACGCACAACGGCUGAGUGCUUUCGUAAACUCUGUCAACACAGGUGACAAUGAGACCGCCGACCCUAUCAUAGCCAACGGCCUGGCGAACGCUGUCCCUCACACUCACACUUACAACGAAGGCUCACCACUGCUUGUAGGAAGGGACAACAAGGCGGCAUUUGCACGCAAGGGGAAAGUGACACUGGCGGCUUUAUAUGCCAUCCAGGUCUUCUAUAGUUUCUUCAUCAUGCUUCUUUUCAUGACAUACAACGGCCCAGUCAUGAUUGCGGUUGCUGUGGGUGCCUUUGUUGGAUACCUCACUUUCUCCGAGGAAACCCCAGCUAGCAAGACAAUCGCAUGUCACUAA